AUGAAUCAGUGGGCGGGAAUCAACGUCAUCGUAUUCUAUUCAGCGACUGUGCUCGAAGUCAACGUCGGACUCAGUCGUAAUACUGCCAUUGUUGUGGGCGGCUGCCUGAAUCUGGCGUUCGCGGUCGGAUCACUGGUCCCUGCUCUUGGAGCUGAUCGUUUCGGUCGAAAGAAGCCCCUGAUGUUUGGAGCCAUUGGGAUGGGACUUUCUAUGAUGGUGGUGGCGAUUUUGCUUUCUUACAGUGGAACGGACAAAAGGAAGGCGACAGCCAAUGCUUCCAUCGCCUUUUUCAUUACCUACAUGCUCUCGUUCGGAGGCAGUUUGAAUGCUAUCCCUUGGUGCUACAGUACCGAAAUUCUACCAUUGCGCAUUCGAGCUCAAGGGACGGCAUUGGUUGUCUUCAACAACUGGAUCUGGGUCUUUGUUAUUGUCCAAAUCACGCCCACCCUGGUCUACAACAUCACCUGGAAGACCUACCUGGUCUUCAUGGCCUUCAAUUUUGCCUUUGUGCCUAUGAUCUACUUGUGGUUCCCCGAAACCAAAGGCCUGGGGCUAGAAGAAAUCGACUACAUCUUUUUGAAGUCUGAUCGACUUCCAGCAGAAAGACGAGAACAUGUUGGCAGACAGAUUGUGGGCGCCGAGUCGUACGGAAAACCUCACUCUACCGAGAUUGAGACUCAGGAGAAAAUCAAUGUCUAA